GGGAGGGAGGGGAGGAAAAUUAAGGCACUGCAAAAAAAAAAAAGCAUUAUUGCAUGGCACCACAAAGGAGAAAUUGGUUAAAUUUUGCCCCCCUAGUUCCCCAAAUCUGACUCUGGCCCCUUACGCAUGAUGGAGGUGAACAAGCUGGGAGCAGUUCCAGGAGGGCAGCAUGGCCACAGCAGCUGCACAAAACUUCUGUGCUGACACUGGCCAGAGCUUCAUCUCUCAGUGCUGAAGAGAGAAAAGCCCCUCAGGAAGCAAUGGGUGAGCCACCACAGGCUGUGGUGAUGAAGACUUUUGGAGAAGCAGACAAGACCUGCGAGGAGAAAAUACAGUCUCACCUGCAAUCCCUUAGGAAGGUGUUGGCAGCAUUUCUGGACUGGAGAGCAAGUGAAGAGAAGAGACAUCAGGACUACCUGGAGACGAGUGAAGCCAAACGGCGCCGCAUUGAGGCUGAGUUCGAGCGGCUGCGCCGGCUGCUGGCGGAGCAGGAGCGCACGGCGCUGGGGCGGCUGGCUGAGCUGGACAACACCUUCACAGCUACCCACGCCGAAAAAUCACUGCGGGUGGCCAAGGGGGUUGCACAGCUCCACAGACUCAUCGGGCAGCUGGAGGCCUGUUGCUUGUCCCAGGAUGCUGGGAGCAUCCUAAGCAGUGAAGUGAGACUCCACCUCCCCUCGGGACUCCCCAAGGAGCUGGAAAAGAGCCUGAGCUCCUGCUGCCGCCAAAGUGAUGCUCUGUGGGAGGCCCUGGAGAAAUUCAGAGACACUGAUCCCACCAUGGGUCUCCCCACAGCAGAGAUGACGCUGGAGACUGGUACGACUCCUCUCCCACAGCUUUUGGAAGAGAGAAAAAGUGUGCAGUGGGAUGAGGGGCAAGGGCAGGACGAGGGCAGAGAGCCCCGUUGAGACCAGGAGCUGUCUGGCAGCUGUCACAGGGGUCAUUACCAGGAGAUGCACAAUGUGGGCACAGUAGAUGGACUCUGCAAGGUGUACCCUGUGCAUCCUCAUCUCAGGUGCUGCCCAUAUUCCUGGGGACACAAAUGGUUUUAUGACAAGCUCCCCUCCCAGCUACUUUAAUUAAUAACCAAUCUUGUGCUGCUGCUCACCAUGUAGGUAUUGAAUUAAAGAAAAACAAAACAAACCCCCCCCCCCCGAUUUUCCUUUUGUGUGUGUGCGUGUGUCUGUGUGUAUGUGUGUGUGUGUAUGUGUGUAUGCAUCGGCUACAUUUUAAGGUAUUUCUCGGUUCCGCUGGGGCAGGGAGAAGGGAGCAGGUGGGAUACACGAGUCCCGCGAGGAGAGAUGGGCAGAGGGAUAUAUAUGAGUCCCGGUUCUCGGGUGCAGAGUGGCGGAUCUGUUCCGGGGUCUAAAAUAUGCGGCCUUGAUUGAGAACAGCACGCCCCACUCCUCUCCGCCUCUGGAGGCGGCUGCCCCGUCUCUGGCUGUGGUCACUCGGCUGCCCCCUAACCCCGCACGAUAAGCAGCGCGAUAAGCGGCGACUCCCCGCGGGACCGCGCCUGUCUUGUCCCGCAGUGCCGCUCUCAGUGGCCAUCCCCCGCUGCGGCUCUUUAAUUCUAUUCCUUUUAUUCUGCUCCAUACAUUCUAUUCACAUCUGCCCCCCCCUCUCGGUGCAGCCCUUUUGGCCACGCCUGUCAGAGGCGACAGUCACCCCCCGGCCCCUCGGCCCGCACCGCGGAGCAGCUUCCAGAGCCCGGGCAGCCACCAGAGGGGCUCGCACCGCACCCCCAGCUCGGUGCGGCUCUUCUAGCGCCGUCUGGCCCUCGGGGCAGCUUUUCUGGUGGCUCCAGCAGUGGCCAUGGCUCAGUCCCGCUCCCGUAUCGCCGCCUCGCCCGUCCCGCGGCGCAGCUCUUGGGGACGCCGGGCAGCGGCCACCCCAAGGGGCAGCUUUUUUUAGCUGUCUCGCCUCGCCCCCCGCUUCGUGUAGCCCCUUCACCGCCACCUUAUCCCGGGGAGAAAAUUUCUGGGGAAAUAUUUAUACCUAGCAUACCCCUGACUACUCUUGCUGCUACAGAAACCUUACUUAGGCUGAGAUUCUUCUUUGGAAAAACAAUCAGUGCCUGAAAUAAUUAAGAAUUAAUUAAGCAUCGAGUUGGUCUGUUGUUAAGUAAUCUUCCAGGCGUUUAUUAGAAGAAAGCAUAAUUAAAAAAAAAUAA